CGAAAGCCUGGAGAGGCCAUUUUCAUGGAUGUUCGUCAAGUUGUCUGUCAUCUACCUGUAUGAACUCCUCUCUAGUUGGCGUCAAGAAGGCAGGCAAACAUGAUGUGGAAUUUGUUGGCUACAUAUCGUAUGUUCUCAAACAUGGCUAUUAUUAUUCGUCUCAAGCCUCCUCGACUCGGCGCAUUCCAGCGCUGGCAAGGGUUAACAGUGGUUGUUCGGAGCAAUGGGCGAGGGGCGGCGACGGCGACGCGCUCGACAACAACUCGAUCAUGGUUUGUGACGUGUGUUGCUGCUGCCACGAAGGCCUGUUCUUCGGGGAUGGGUGCAUGGGGUGCAUAGCGAGCGAGACGUUGUGCUGCCUGGAGGUUGAGUACUGCUGCAAGUCAAGCGCGCCGACGCUCUUCUGCGUGUGCUGCGCGAUCCGCUGCGUCUCGCCCACUGUGUGUAUCAAGUCGCAGGGCCAGACGAGCUGCCUGGCAGGGGUGGCCGCCAUCCCGUGCGACGACGAGGUCCCUUGCAUGGUUGGCUCUUGCGGCAUCGUUUGCUGAUCGCCAUCCGCAAGAUGCUGGGCGAGAUCAAGGGUGGCGGUAGCGGGGAUGGACCCGAGGCUGAGCAGGUGGGCUGAGGCCGGUGAGAUGGAUCCGUGCAGCCGCUCUGCCGCUGAUGGCACCAGCAUGGCCAAUGCGGCACGACAGCCCAGACCACGGAUGGCUCCGUUGCUUUGAUGCACGAAGGCGAGCUAGACUGCUGUCGCGAUUCGAAUUUUUGUUUCAAGAUUUGCACCGCGCUCUGAACUGCGCAGAACGCCUCGUGCGAGGAAGCGCAGCAAAAAGAAG